AUGGAGGUGGCCGGCGCGCUCGCCUCCGUCCUCUUCGCCGCCUUCUCGCUCCCUUGCCUCCUCCUGCUCGUCGUCGUGGCCGAGGCCGGCCUCCGCCUCGCCGCGCUCGCGCUCCGCGGCGAGGCGUUCGGGUGGCCGUCGCGCUCGGCCUUCCUCGGCUACCGCAUCGCGCGGGCCGGCAAUUUCUCCUCCGCCGCCACGGCCGUCGGCGGCGGCGUCUUCCAGCAGGAGGAGCUGCUGCCGGCCGAGUACCUCGACCUCCUCGCCGUGGCGGUGUACCGCCGCGGUGGAGACAAGUGGGCGGCCGUGGACUGCGUGUUCUGCCUGUCGCGGAUCGACGACGGCGAGGAGGUGCGCGAGCUCCGGUGCCGUCACGUCUUCCACCGCGAGUGCCUCGACUCCUGGCUCCUCCGUCCGCGCGCCACGUGCCCGCUCUGCCGCGACCGCCUCCUCCCCUGCGAGCCUCCCCGCGCCUGCGCACGCGCCCUCCACGACGACGAAAUCUACGUCGACGAGCACGAGGACCCGCCCUCGUCCUCCUCCUCGUCCUACUCCCACGACGCCGCGCUGUGGCACAUGUAA